AUGCAAGUGACCGACUACAAGCGGGCGCCCCUCUUUCCUCGUCAGACCUUUGCAGUCUCUGGGAUGUCCCAGGCUUUUGCGGCAUCUUCCGCGUCCCAGUCGUCAUUCUCCCAGUCAUCAUUCCAUCCUUCGGCCUCAGGGCUGUCAUCGCCUUCUGCGACAGGGCCUCCCUCCCGCAGUGAAGCAUUCUGUUCACUGACAGGCUGGUACGUGUGCCCCCCGGGUAGCAAUCCACACAUGGCGGUCUGUUUCGCAACGACACAAACAAGCAACAAGGCGACGGCGCCGAUAAUGAUCUUUGCGACGAGCGGGGUGAUAAAGGAAGGGAAGGGGUUGGGGAUGUUGGAAAACGGGUUGUUGCUCUCCUUCGGCGGUGGGUCGGCGGGGUGA